UCUCCGUCGUGAUUCUGUUUUCACCGUCUGUUCCCUCGAUCUAUUUCUGUUUGGCGCUGCUGACGGUCCAUCAGCUUCGACACGUUUUUUUCCGCUUGGACGGAAAAACGCUCGGCGGCUCGCGCGCUCGGUAACUCCCGGCAAAGUUUGGAGGAUGGAGGCGUCGUGAAGUGUUUUGUGCGGCUCUGCUCGGAAGGAAAGCCCGCAUUCAAGCUCCAGCGCUGCGAGCUGGCGAGAGCGAUGCGCGCUGCGCCGCGGAUACUCCAACUUUUUCCGCCAUGGUAAGCCUGGAUUACGUUUCCCUGCGAGCCGCGUCAUUAGCCGCGUUCUCUUCGGACUGAUAGCCGGGGAUGUGAUGUGACGCCCCGGGUUACUGCUUGAAGUUGGCACCACAAUAAAAACAAAAUCCGGGUGAGCGUAAAAUGCAGAAGGGCGUGCGGUACAAUGAGGGCCACGCUCUGUAUCUGUCGGUGGUUGCGCGUAAAGAGGGCACCAAGCGCGGCUUCCUGAGCAAGAAGACCACGGAGAACAGCCGCUGGACCGAGAAGUUCUUCGCCCUCUACCAGAACGUGCUCUUCUACUUCGAGAACGACCAGAGCACGAGGCCGUCCGGGAUAUACCUGCUGGAGGGAUGCACAUGCGAGCGGGCACCGGCGCCCAAGGUCUCCGCCAUCAGCAAGGAGCCCAUGGAGAAACAGCAGCAUUACUUCCUGGUCGUCUUUGGCCACGAUGGACAGAAACCUCUGGAGCUCCGGACAGAGGAGGAGUCGGACUGUAAUGAGUGGGUGGAGUUCAUCCAGCAGGCCAGUUACUCUGACAUCAUCAUCGAGCGCGAGAUCCUGAUGCAGAAGUACAUCCACCUGGUCCAGAUCAUGGAGACCGAGAAGGUGGCAGCCAAUCAGCUUCGCACUCAGCUGGAGGACCAGGACACUGAGAUCGAGAGGCUAAAAGCUGAGAUUGUAGUGUUGAACAAAACCAAGGAGAGGAUGCAGCCUUACCAGAGCAACCAAGAGGAGGAAGACCCAGAUAUUAAAAAGAUCAAAAAGGUGCAAAGCUUCAUGCGUGGCUGGCUGUGCCGGAGGAAGUGGAAGAUCAUCGUCCAGGACUACAUCUGUUCCCCCCAUGCCGAAAGCAUGAGAAAACGGAACCAGAUCGUCUUCAACAUGGUGGAAACAGAGACAGAAUACGUCCACCAGCUCUCCAUCCUGGUGAACUGUUUCCUCAGGCCGCUCCGCAUGGCGGCCAGCUCCAAGAAACCUCCCAUCAGCCACGAUGACGUCAGCAGCAUUUUCCUCAACAGUGAGACCAUCAUGUUUCUCCAUGAGAUCUUCCAUCAAGGUCUGAAAGCUCGGAUCGCUAACUGGCCCACGCUCGUUCUGGCGGACCUGUUUGACAUCCUGCUGCCGAUGCUGAACAUUUACCAGGAGUUUGUGCGUAACCACCAGUACAGCCUGCAGGUCCUGGCAAACUGCAAGCAGAACAGAGACUUUGACAAACUGCUGAAACAGUACGAGUCCAACGCUGCUUGUGAGGGCCGGAUGUUGGAGACGUUCCUCACGUAUCCCAUGUUCCAGAUUCCGCGAUACAUCAUCACUCUCCAUGAGCUGCUGGCACACACACCUCAUGAGCAUGUGGAGCGUAAGAGUCUGGAAUUUGCCAAAUCCAAACUGGAGGAGCUGUCGAAGAUGAUGCAUGAUGAGGUGAGUGACACCGAGAACAUCAGGAAGAAUCUGGCCAUAGAGAGGAUGAUCGUGGAGGGCUGCGACAUCCUGCUAGACACAAGUCAGACCUUCGUCAGACAAGGCUCCCUCGUCCAGCUGCCGUCCAGCAGUGAGCGGGGGAUGCUCAGUAAGGUCCGCCUGGGCUCCCUCUCGCUGAGGAAGGAAGGAGAGCGACAGUGCUUCUUGUUUACCAAACACUUCCUCAUCUGCACUCGAACAUCUGGAGGAAAGCUUCACUUGCUCAAGCAAGGAGGAGCGUUGUCUCUGAUCGAGUGUACGCUCAUUGAAGAACUCGAUGCCAGCGACGAGGACUACAACGCAGCAGGUCAAGGCUUCAGCCACCUGGAGUUUAAGAUAGUGGUGGAGCCUCCUGACGGCCAGUCCUUCUCUGUUGUCCUCUUGGCUCCGUCUCGCCAAGAAAAGGCAGCGUGGACCAGCGACAUCAGCCAGUGCAUUGAUAACAUCCGAUGUAACGGCCUGAUGACCAGCGUGUUUGAGGAGAACUCCAAAGUUUCUGUGCCACACAUGAUCAAGUCUGAUGCUCGGCUGCACAAAGAUGACGUCGACAUUUGCUUCAGCAAGACGCUCAACUCCUGCAAAGUCCCGCAGAUCCGAUACGCCAGCGUGGAGCGUCUGCUGGAGCGGCUGACAGACCUGAGGUUCCUCUCCAUAGACUUCCUCAACACCUUCCUCCACACGUACAGGAUCUUCACCACCGCUGCCGUGGUCAUCGACAAGCUGGCCGACAUCUACAAGAAGCCGUUCACCUCCAUACCUGUCAGGAUCGAGCAGCAUUCAUGUGAUCGUCUGUCCAUCAUGUCCCUCUGUCCUGACUACAGUCUGAAGAUCACACAGCUUGCACUGGACCAGUCCAAGUCUCUGGAGCUCUUCUUCGCCACCAACCAGGGCUCGUGGGGAACCGACCCCCUGAACAACAAAUCCCCAAGGCUGUGCCGCAAGUUCUCCUCCCCUCCUCCUCUCUCCAUCCCCUCUCGCACCUCCUCCCCCGUCCACUGCCGCAAGCUCUCCCUCAGUUCCCCGAUCAGUGGGAAAGCAGGAGCCCUGGACCUGUCCACCACCCCCUCCUCCUCUGCAGCCAACUCCCCCACCUCCAGCCACAGUCCCUCCAUCUCCUCCCCUCCCCCUGGCUCGACCAGGCCCCCCUCUGGCUUCUCCUCCCCUCCGCCCACCGCCACGCGCUCUCCCAGCCUCCCCCAGGCCUCCGGGGUGUCCUCCCCGCCCCCCAUCUGCACCAAGGCCCCGCUGGACCUCAGCCGUGGGCCCGGCUCCCCAGAGCCGAGCCCAGCUGCAGGGGAGGACGUCAGCGGAGAGCUGCCUCGCCUCGACGCCUUCUGUGGGAAGCUGAGGCGCAGCAUCCGCAGGGCUGUCCUGGAGUCAGUAUCUCUGGACAAAUUUAUUCCUGAAUCACCGGCCAGCAGCGAGCCGGGCGACAUGUCUCCCUGCCGCUCACCUUCAACGCCGCGGCAUCUCCGCUACAGACAGACCGGAGUCACGUCAGGGGAGAACUCUCGCUGUACGAUGUCACCGGCUUCAGCGUUCGCGAUCGCCACCGCUGCUGCUGGACACAGCAGCUCCCAGGGAUUUAGUAAUUCUGAGAAAGCCUGUGACAAAGAAUUCAUCAUCCGGAGAGCCGCUACCAACAGAGUCCUCAACGUGCUGCGACACUGGGUUUCCAAGCACUCCCAGGACUUUGACAUGAACGGUGAUCUGAAGAUGGGGGUCAUCGGUCUCCUGGAAGAGGUGCUACGAGAUCCAGACCUGCUGCCACAGGAGAGGAAAGCAACGACGAACAUAUUAAGUGCCCUUUCUCAAGAAGAACAAGAUGAUGCUCAGCUGAAGAUAGAAGACAUCCUCCAGAUGGCGGAGAGUCCAAAGGCAGAGUGUUUUGAGUCUCUGUCAGCCAUGGAACUGGCAGAGCAGAUCACACUGCUGGAUCACAUCGUGUUCAGGAGUAUUCCCUAUGAGGAGUUCCUCGGUCAGGGCUGGAUGAAGGUCGACAAGACAGAGAGGACUCCGUACAUCAUGAAAACCAGCCAGCAUUUCAAUGAUAUGAGUAACCUGGUGGCGUCACAGAUAAUGACCCAUACCGAUGUGGGCUCCAGGGCCAGCUCCAUAGAGAAGUGGCUCGCGGUGGCCGACAUCUGCCGCUGCCUCAACAACUACAACGGAGUGCUGGAGAUCACCUCUGCGCUGAACCGCAGCGCCAUCUACAGGCUGAAGAAAACCUGGGCAAAAGUCUGCAAACAGACGAAGGCACUCAUGGACAGGCUGCAGAAGACGGUGUCAUCAGAAGGAAGGUUUAAGAACCUCAGAGAGACACUGAAAAACUGUAACCCUCCAUGUGUCCCGUACCUGGGCAUGUACCUCACCGACCUGGCUUUCAUUGAGGAGGGGACACCCAACUUCACGGAGGAGGGCCUGGUUAACUUCUCCAAGAUGAGGAUGAUUUCUCACAUUAUCCGUGAGAUUCGUCAGUUCCAGCAAGCACCUUACAGGAUAGAGCACCAGCCCAAGGUGACUCAGUUCCUCCUUGAUAAGACGCUAGUGAUGGAUGAAGACACCCUCUAUGAGCUCUCACUGAAGAUCGAACCCAGAGUACCACCUGGUUAAUCCGAACUAACACAAACAUCUUCCCACAGACAUGACGUACACACUUUCCACCUUACAGCAUCAAUCAUGAAUUAACACAACUUGAGGUUCUUUGGUAAUAAAACAGGGGUUGUUUCAUGAAACGCCACCAGGUAUCGUGCUCAGGAAACUCAGGAGAAAAUGUGCCUUGAAUGAAUAUCUGAUGUGUAUAUUUAGUCAACAGAAUGAACUGUGUAAUGAACACAACUCUGCCAUACGAUCGUACAGUUAUGACUGUAGAAACAACCAUGUUAGCUACCAAACAUGGCAAUAGAAAGUAUCCUGCUGCUGCUAUCACACUGUAAAUACCAAACAAUCUGCCUCUGUAGUCUUGCACAUAAACAUCGUCAGAUGAGUUUUACAUUAUUUGUAUGAUUGACCUGCUCGGGCUGCCCGGAGGUAAAACUGAGCCCCUGGCCCCCGGUUUGCUGUGUGGUAGUUUCCUAAUGAAUGUAGGAAUAUGCACCACGUGAGCACAGGGCUGUGAAACCAAAAACAGUUGUGAUCAUGAGGCUGUAAGAGGAGCGAUGCUUGGUAGUCAUUCAAGGGUGCGAGGGAUGGAUGCUGCAAGUGUUAGCAUGUCUGGAGGGACAUCUUCAACAGGUAGAUCAGGUAGUGAAGUAUCUUAAAGCCCUUAUUAUGUCAGCUGAUAUUGAGCUUUAGUCGUGCAUAUUCCAAUAUUCGCAAACAAAUUUUCAACAAAUCAUAUUACCAAAAGCUAAUUUCCACACGGUGAACCUGAAGCAUUCGGCAGCUCCCACCUUGCCUGGUUGGUAAUCCAGCCUUGCGUGUGAUAUGUGUGCGUCAAGACACACUGGGUUUCCUGAACAGCUGGAGUACAGUUUAAAUAUUUGAUCUACCUUAAUACUUCCUGAUUCACCUGUUUCUUGGUUGUGUCGAUGCUCACAGGAGUCAUUUUUCUGUCCGACUCAUCUGUUAACACUGAAGGUUCAUGUUGUUGCAGUUGCUAUCGUAUUAAUCUUUAUAGUUUACACACAUCCCAAAUCUGAAAAUGUGGUCAUCGCAAAUUUAAAGUAUUGCUUUAUUUAUCUUGACAAUCAAAAGCGUUUCCGCUAUGAAUCGCGUCUUUUAAGUUUUUUUAAUAUUCAUUUUGUACACAAAACUGUCUGAUUUUCCAUAAUCUUCAUUUCUGCUCUUUUAAAAGAGAAUCGGCCUAAAAGGUUUCGUACGUGCUACAAACCCCUACAGUUCAAUUUCUUUUACAUGUAUUACCAUUAUUAUUAGUUCCUCGUCAAUGUGAUUAUUUAAUCAUACUCAUAUUUUAAACCCUGUUGACUGUAUUAGUAAAAUAGUCAUAUAUUUGCACUAUUGAAUUGUAAAGAAUGUCAGUAGACUCUAAACUUGUUCAUAGCAUGAAUAUAGCAUGAUGUCCCCCUUCCUUGAGAUUACUGUUAUCCUUGUAGUUGACUCUUGCUCAGUUUUAUUAGGUUCAUUUGUUUAUUUAGUGCAGGAAUCCUCAACAACUUAAAAUCCAUUAGUACAUACGACCCAUGCUUUCUUACAUUACUGUAUAAUUUUAAAUUCCAGUUUUGCUGUUGUAUUUUCCAUACUUUUGUCUGUGCAAUGUACAGAUAUUUACACACAAUAAAAGCACAAAAUGUGACUUGCAUAUUGUUUUCAUGGCAGAUAGAGGAGGAUGUGGUUGAGCUCAACACACCGCAUCUCAAUAAAACAUGCAAAGAAACAAAAUACAAACAAAUGAAGAAAACAUAUUCCAAAAACAUAUAUGGAGCAUCGUCAAAAACAAUGAAAGCAAAUAAACAAGCAAAUACAGAAAACAACCAACUGCAGAAAUGUGCCUCAGAUCCAGAACGCAACCAAAUACAAGGAACAUAACCAAAUACAGACAACACAACCAAACAAAGAGAACAGAACCAAAUACAAUCGAAUACAGAAAAUAACUGCAGAAAUGUGUCUCAGAUACAGAGAACGCAACCAAAUACAGAGAACUCAACCAAAUACAGACAACUCAACCAAAUACAACCAAAUAUAGGCAACUCAACCAAAUACAGACAACUCAACCAAAUACACAGAACUCAACCAAAUACAGACAACUCAACCAAAUACAACCAAAUAUAGGCAACUCAACCAAAUACAGACAACUCAACCAAAUACAGAGAACUCAACCAAAUACAGAGAACACAAACAAAUACAGAAAACACAACCAAAUACAGAGAAUGCAACCAAAUACAAACAAAUACAGAGAACGCAACCAAAUACAACCAGAUAUAGGCAACUCAACCAAAUACAGAGAACUCAACCAAAUACAGAGAACUCAACCAAAUACAGACAACUCAACCAAAUACAACCAAAUAUAGGCAACUCAACCAAAUACAGACAACUCAACCAAAUACAGAGAACGCAACCAAAUACAAACAAAUACAGAGAACGCAACCAAAUACAACCAAAUAAAGACAACACAACCAAACACAGAAAACAACUGCAGAAAUGUGCCUCAGAUACAGAAAACGCAACCAAAUACAGAGAUUUUGGUUGUAUUUGGUUGUGUUCUCUUUAUGUUGGUU